UGAGCGCGGAUUUUCGGGGAUCUCACAGAGCAGCUCCUCUCUCGGAGUAACGUCACCGAAUUCAAAAUAAAACACACACUCACCCCUGAGGACUGAGGCUGGCGCCGCAAACUAAGAAGAAGUUUUGGAUUUGUUUGUGCAUAUAUAUAUAGAUAUAUCUAUAUCUAUUUUACGACAGUCGCGAGGCGGAGGGAGCGCGGCGGGAGGCGACGCACACCGCGCGCAGAAAUGGCGGAGCACCACGCAGCCAGCGACGGCAAGCACAAAGCGUCCAUCAGCGCCACCGGGAGCAGCCGAGCCGGCGCCGCGGGAGGAGGGGGAGCAGUAGCAGGAGGAGGCGGUAAAGGAGGCCUGUCUGGCGGACUGACACAGCCGGCGGGGUGGCAGUCUCUGCUGUCCUUUAGCAUUCUCUUCCUGGCCUGCUUGGCCGGAUUCAGCUCCAGACUUUUCGCGGUCAUCCGGUUCGAGAGCAUCAUCCACGAGUUUGACCCAUGGUUCAACUACAGAUCAACACACCAUCUUACCACAAAUGGCUUCUAUGAGUUUCUCAACUGGUUUGAUGAGCGAGCCUGGUACCCCUUGGGCAGGAUUGUUGGUGGCACAGUUUAUCCCGGGUUAAUGGUGACUGCAGGCCUCAUCCACUACGUGCUCAACCUGCUCCACAUCACAGUCCACAUUAGAGAUGUGUGCGUCUUUCUGGCACCAGUCUUCAGUGGUCUUACUGCCAUCUCCACUUUCCUGCUGACACGGGAGCUGUGGAACCAGGGCGCAGUGCUGGCAGCCUGCUUCAUUGCAAUUGUUCCGGGUUACAUCUCACGCUCCGUCGCCGGCUCUUUCGACAACGAGGGCAUCGCCAUCUUCGCACUGCAGUUUACGUACUACCUCUGGGUGAAAUCUGUGAAGACCGGCUCAGUAUUCUGGACAAUUGGCUGUUGUCUGUGUUAUUUCUACAUGGUGUCAGCAUGGGGCGGUUAUGUGUUUAUCAUCAACCUGAUUCCACUGCAUGUGUUUGUAUUGCUGCUGAUGCAGCGCUACAGCAGGAGAGUCUACAUUGCUUACAGCACUUUCUACAUUGUGGGUCUCGUUCUUUCAAUGCAGAUUCCGUUCGUCGGCUUUCAGCCAAUCAGAACCAGCGAGCACAUGGCCGCUGCCGGUGUGUUUGCACUUGUUCAAGCCUAUGCCUUCCUGCAGUACCUGAAGGACAGGCUAACCAAGCAGGAAUUUCAGACCCUCUUCUUCCUGGGUGUGUCGCUUGCUGCAGGCCUGGUCUUCCUCACUGUGAUCUAUCUCACAUACACAGGAUACAUUGCACCAUGGAGCGGUCGUUUCUACUCUCUCUGGGACACCGGUUAUGCUAAGAUCCACAUCCCCAUAAUCGCGUCCGUAUCGGAGCACCAGCCGACAACGUGGGUCUCCUUCUUCUUUGACCUCCACAUCCUGGUCUGCACGUUCCCAGCAGGCCUUUGGUUCUGCAUCAAGAACAUCAAUGAUGAACGAGUGUUUGUGGCGCUGUACGCCAUCAGUGCCGUCUAUUUUGCCGGUGUGAUGGUGCGUCUGAUGCUGACGCUGACUCCGGUGGUCUGCAUGCUGUCAGCGGUGGCCUUCUCCAGCGUCUUUGAGCACUACAUGGGAGACGACACCAAGAGGGAGAAACCCCCCGCUGAGGACAGCAGCGAUGAAGAUGAUAAAAGGAAUUCUGGGAAUCUCUAUGACAAGGCUGGUAAGGUGCGUAAACAUGUUUCAGAGCAGGAGAAGACAGAGGAGGGUUUGGGUCCGAACAUCAAGUCCAUCGUCACCAUGCUAAUGUUGAUGCUGCUGAUGAUGUUCGCCGUCCACUGCACCUGGGUGACCAGCAACGCCUACUCCAGCCCCAGCGUGGUUUUGGCGUCCUACAACCACGACGGGACUCGUAACAUCCUGGAUGACUUCAGAGAAGCCUACUACUGGCUGAGGCAGAACACGGACGAGCACGCGCGCGUCAUGUCGUGGUGGGACUAUGGCUACCAGAUAGCCGGCAUGGCUAACAGGACCACACUGGUGGACAACAACACGUGGAACAACAGUCACAUUGCGCUGGUGGGCAAAGCCAUGUCCUCAAAUGAGAGUGCCGCCUACGAAAUCAUGAAGUCACUGGAUGUGGACUACGUGCUGAUUAUCUUUGGCGGAGUUAUUGGCUACUCCGGAGAUGAUAUCAACAAGUUUCUUUGGAUGGUGAGAAUAGCGGAAGGCGAGCACCCGAAAGACAUCAGGGAAAGUGACUACUUCACCCCGCAGGGAGAGUUCAGGGUGGACAAAGCUGGUUCCCCGACUCUGCUCAACUGCCUCAUGUACAAGAUGUCCUACUAUCGAUUUGGCGAAAUGCAGCUGGAUUUCCGGACACCGCCUGGCUUUGACCGGACGCGCAACGCCGAGAUCGGCAACAAGGACAUCAAGUUUCACCACCUGGAGGAGGCUUUCACAUCCGAACACUGGCUGGUCCGGAUCUACAAGGUCAAGAGCUUGGAAAACCGAGAACCGCUUGACCACAAACUGCGCAGCAUCGUUCCCAAGCAGAAGUACACCUCCAAAAAGACUGCCAAGAGGAAGCGAGGACACAUUAAGAACAAGCUCAUCUUGAGAAAAGGCAAAAAACUACACAAAAAAUAAACAUGAACCCAACUAGGAAAAGGGAUCUCUUACUACCAAUGAAGACAAACACAGGCGCCGGUAAUCUGCCUCUUGAUCUCAAGUGCUUCUCAUUACAGCGCCCCCAUGCGGCGGGGAGGUUGGAGUGUCAUAUCUGGAAGGUUAGAACUGAUAUUCUUUUUUUGAUUUGUUUUUAAUUCUGGGGAACUUUAUCUUGGGUUUUGUUUUUUUUGUUGUUGUUGUUUUUUUUUUUAUCUCUUUAGUCUUUUUUCAUGUUACUUGAAUGUGCGGAAAAUUACAGGGCUGCUCUUCUUGGUUCAGUGUCAGCUAAUUUAUGUGGUACGUGACUUAACGGCUUAUCUGUCCAAGGAUAUGCGGGGAGGGGGUACAGGAAGGAAAAGACUGAGAACGUUUGCACCAAAGACCCACCGACCUUGCUCUGCGGCACAUGUGAACUCGUUGGAGAGAGUGAGGACGCGCGGGAGUGAAGGCUGAGGUUCCUGAUGCGUGUACAGAGCACAGUAUGCGGAAUGGCGGAACGUCUUGGCGCAGCCCAUCUGUAAUAUUAACCUUUUUGUCUGCCUAGCUUCCUGUCAUCAUUUACAACAAAUCCUUUAGAAAGAAAAUUGGCCUCGUGUAAAUAUGUUGUGUAAAGAAAAAGCUUAAAAUGAUUAUAAUAUAUUGGAUUAUUGUGGCUAUUUUUUUUUUUUAGACAUUCAAUUUUUCUUUUUUAGUUCAUGAUGUGACUUUUAAAUUUAAUUUUUAUGACUGCAACUAGGACAGUGAAUGCAAUAAUUGUCAAAUACAGGGCCUUGAGAUUUUGUUGAAAGAAAGAUUGCGAUCCCGUUUUAAAAAAAUAUAUAUAAAUCAUAGAUUGUACUUUUUGCUGCUAUGGUGUUAAUGGUGGAAGGAAGUGAGCAAAUGUGUAAAAAGUAGUGAUGAUAAAUUAGGCCUCCCUUCCUGCAGAGGGAGCUCUUUUUCAGAUAGCGCGCCUAGUGCCUCACUGAUGGUCAUCAUUGCCUCCUUACUUUGUUACUGUUAGCGCUUCUUUAGCUCUUCAUCCUUUAUCUGACCACAAUGAGGCGCUAAUUU